GCACACACACACGUACCAAAUCCACCUGACACCGAGCGACCUGCCGACCCGGCGCCGUCAUCAUGACCCAGUUCCCCGAAAUGCGGGGCGGAUUCACGGUGCCGGUACCCGUGAUGACGGCGGACAUGUGCGCGAGGCGGAGGGCGAAGGGGGUCCUGAGCCCGAACCACCGCAGAACCGGAACCACCGGUACCAGUUCAUACACAUUUAACUUUCAUUAUUAUGAUGCUUGGAAUGAGAGCAGAGACACCGGACCGGAACCAGACCGGAACCGUUAAAACACCACAACACAGAGCAAUUGAUUGAUCAGUGAGGGGCUCGUUCUCCGGUUCUCCAGCAGGUUUGGUUCCACCUGCUGCAGCAUCAACAUUCCGUUUAUCCAGGAAGGUACUGGUUCCGCUGUCCAGGAUCCCGGUGAGGACGUCCUGAGGAGUCUCAUGUCCAAACAGGUUCUGAGUCUCUGCGGCAGAACUCGAAAGUAAAAAGUUCCGUUUUUUAACAAUCAGAGCUUCAGAACUGGGAGAACUGAACUCAGCUCCAAAUUUCACAGUCAAACCGACCGCCCGCGGAUCGAAGCUGAAGAAGAAGGAGCGGAGCGAAAACAUCCAACAGUUCCACUUCAAACCCUUCUGAGACGGUUUCCUACCAUGGAAGUACCCGGACCGGACAGCGACUGGAGGAGCCCGCAGUUCCGACAGAAAGUCGUGGCUCAGAUUGAAGAGGCGAUGAGAAAAGCUGGAACUGCAAACACAACACACAAGUCUAGCAAUGACAUGGAGAACCACGUUUAUGUGAAGGCAAAAACCAGAGAGGAAUAUUUAUCUCUGGUGGCGAGACUCAUCAUACACUUCAGGGACAUCCAUAAGAAGGCUCUCGGGGGUCCAGAUCCCAUGAAUGCCCUGACUAACCUGACAGGGGUUGGAGGGGGCCCGGGCGCCAUCGGCAUGGGGCCUCGCCCCGCCGGCGCUCCAGUGGGUGGCAUGGGGGCCAUGGGGCCGAUGCAGAUAGGCCAGCAUGCCAUGGCAGGGGUAUCUGGAAACCCACAAGCCAUAGGAGGUCCAGGCCAGAUGCCCAUGCAGCAGAUGGUGCAGCAGACGCAGGUGCAGCAGAACACAUUGCAGUUCCAGCAGUUCCAGCAGACGCAGGUGCAGCAGCAGCAGAACGCCAUGCAGCAGCAGCAGCAGCAGAACGCCAUGCAGCAGCAGUUCCAGAUACAGCAGCAGCUGCGGGCGCAGCAACAGAUGCAGCAGCAGCACCAGAACCAACAGCUGCAGCAGCAGCACCAGAACCAGCAGCAGGCAGCCCAGAACCAGCAGCAGCACAACCAGAUGCAUCCGACGAGGAUUCAGCAGCAGCAGAUGGUGCAGCUGCAGCUGCAGGCCCAAGCUCAGGCUCAAGCUCAGGCUCAGGCCCAAGCACAAGCACAAGCCCAGGCCCAGGCUCAGGCUCAGGCUCAGGCUCAGGCCCAGGCUCAAGCUCAAGCCCAGGCCCAAGCCCAAGCCCAAGCCCAGGCCCAAGCCCAGGCCCAGGCCCAAGCCCAAGCCCAGGCCCAGUCCAUCCAGCACAUGGUACAGCAGCCGGUCCAGACUCAGCCUCAGCAGGGUCAGAUGCCUCCACACUCCCAGCAGCAGCAGCAACAGCAGCAGCAGCCUGGCAUGGUGCCUCAGUCUCUGGCCGGACAGAUGACGUCCACUCAGCACGUCCCCAUCACCUCUCUGAGUCAGCAGCAGCAGCUCAAGAUGCAGGCCUUCCAGGCCCGUGCAGUGUUGCAGCAGCAGCAGCAGCAGCAGGCGCAGCAACAAGCCCAGCAGGCCGCAGCUCAGGCGCAGCUCAACGCUGCCGCUGCAGCUGCCGCCGCCGGGGCACCUGGACAGCUGGUUCGUCCUGGGAUGCAGAUUCCUCCCCGGCUGCCUCGAGCUCCUCUCAACCCCAACAUUCCUCCUCCAAACGCCACCGGUGUGGUCGGAGGACAGACGAUGAAUCAGCAGGUGCAGCAACAUUCCAUGACGUCAUCGCCCUCCCCGAUGCAGGUCCAGACGCCGCAGGCGAUGCCGCCUCCUCCCCAGCCGUCACCACAGCCGCCCACGUCUCAGCCCAACUCGGCCAGCUCCGGUCCCACGCCGUCUCCGGGAGGCUUCCAGCCCAGCCCGUCCCCUCAGCCCUCGCCCAGCCCGGCCACGUCCAGAACCCCCAGAAACGGAGUGCCCUCCCCAGGACCCCUCAACACUCCAGGUAACCCCAGCUCGGUGAUGAGUCCGGCCGGAGCCACGUCUCUGGAGGACCAGCAGUACAUGGAGAAGCUGAAGCAGCUGUCAAAGUACAUCGAGCCGCUGCGACGGAUGAUCAACAAAAUAGACAAAAACGAAGACAGGAAAAAGGACCUGAGUAAGAUGAAGAGUUUGCUGAACAUCCUGACUGAUCCGAACACCAGAUGUCCUCUGAAGACGCUGCAGAAAUGUGAAAUUGCUCUGGAGAAGCUGAAGAACGACAUGGCCGUGCCGACGCCCCCGCCCCCUCCAGUCCUCACCAAGCAGCAGUACCUGUGUCAGCCGCUGCUGGACGCCGUCAUGGCCAACAUCCGAUCCCCGGUCUUCAACCACUCGCUGUACCGGACCUUCGCCCCGGCCAUGAGCGCCAUCCACGGACCCCCGAUCAUGGGUCCGAACGUCUCCGGCAGAAAGAGAAAACACGAAGAGGACGAGCGUCAGACCAUCUCCAACAUCCUGCAGGGGGAGGUGGCUCGCCUCGACGUCAAGUUCCUGGUCAACCUGGACCCUUCGUACUGCAGCAACAACGGCACUGUGCACCUCGUCUGCAAGCUGGAUGAUAAGAACCUCCCCAGUGUUCCUCCUCUGCAGCUCAGUGUUCCUGCUGAUUAUCCCGAUCAGAGUCCAUACUGGGCCGACGAUGGAGAACAGUACGGUGCGAACUCCUUCCUGCAGUCGGUCCACAGAAACAUGACGUCCAAACUGCUGCAGCUACCGGACAAACACUCAGUGACGGAGCUGCUCAACACCUGGGCUCAGAGCGUCCGGCAGGCCUGUCUGUCAGCCGCCUGAGGCCCCGCCCACAGGAGGCCCCGCCCCCUGCAGCUUCAGUAACUCCACCACUGCUACAAAUAGACUGUAAAACUGUCUGUUCUCUGCACUGUGGAGCUCCUUAUCCACUGUAGUCCUGACGCAUUCUGGGUAGAUCCAGCUCAACCAACAGCUUAGCUCUAUGUGAAGCUCCUCCUUCAGUUUGUAAAUAACAAUAAUGAGAAGUACAGUUUGUCCCCACUCAUACUCUGCUCCCUGAACGCAUCAUGACUUGGUUCUUUGUGUUGGACGGGGGGUUCCAGUUUGGUUCUGGAGAACUCGUCUGUCUGAUCUGUAAAUGUUUCUCUGCUUUCAUAAAUAAAAUGUGUUCAGUUCAA